AUGGCCUCUCUAGCUGCCAAAUUCGUCGCUCGCAAGAUCUUCGCCGAAACACCCAUGGGCAAGAAUAGCAAUGCUGCUCCCGCUCAAGACCCCUACUUCGAGACUGUACCCGCAACGCGACUCGGCAUAAAGACAACCAAGAAGGUGAAGAGAGCUCUUCCACCUGGCCUGACAGUACAAGAAGAACAGAUCCUCAACAAGGCCAAGAAGCGCGCAUACAGGCUGGAUCUUAGUCUCUUCAGUCUGUGCGGCUUGAGGUUCGGCUGGAGCAGCGUCAUUGGCCUUGUCCCUGCUAUUGGCGACGUGGCCGAUAUGCUUCUUGCAUUGAUGGUCUUCCGGACGUGUUGCCAGGUCGACCCGCCAUUGUCGACUUCAACCAAAACCAAAAUGCAAAUGAACAUCGUCAUCGAUUUCGUCGUGGGCCUGAUACCUUUCAUCGGUGACAUUGCCGAUGCGGCGUAUAAGUGCAACACCAAAAAUGUCAUCCUGCUGGAAGAAGAGCUGAGGGAGAGAGGAAAGAAGAGACUAAGACAGUCUGGACAGCAAAUCCCAGUCGACUACAGCAUGGCGGAUGAGUUUGAUUACCAGGCAGAAGACCAUGUCCGCGCCGAAAGAGGAAACCCCCCGCAGUACUCUGAGCCGGCGCGAUGGACGCAAUCGACACGACGUUGA